UUGGUCGAAUUCGUCAAAUUUCAGGCAAAAUUCAUUUGGGCUAUACCUAAUCGUGAAGAUAUACAACGUAAUGAAAGUGUUCUUAAGGCACAAGCGUUUAUUUGCUUUCAUCGUCAGAAUUUUAAAGAGCUCUACCGUAUACUCGAAAAUAAUCAAUUUUCACCAGAAAGCCAUCCAGAAUUGCAGGAUCUAUGGUUAAGAGCCCAUUAUAGCGAGGCCGAGAAAAUUCGUGGCCGAGAGCUAGGAGCUGUUGGCAAGUAUCGUAUACGGAGGAAAUUUCCACUUCCUCGAACUAUCUGGGAUGGUGAAGAAACAAGUUACUGUUUUAGAGAGAAAUCGAGGUAUACAUUAAAGAAUUGGUAUGCCAAGAACCCUUAUCCAUCGCCGAAAGAGAAAAAAGAAUUAGCUGAGGAAACACAUCUGACUGUAACCCAAGUCUCCAACUGGUUCAAAAACAGGCGACAACGAGACAGAGCAGCUGAAAAUAAAGAAAGGUAA